UACGAGGGAUGGUUCUCUGAGCACUGGGGGAUUGACAGUGCAUGCCCUCUGGGGAUCAAAAUGACUAUAUUUGGGGUUCUUGACUAAUUCCUAUUGCAGAGCGGAGUCGUCUUCCGAAGCAUCAACAUCAACAUCAUCAUGAAAUAUUCUCGACUAUUUGUGCUACUGGGUGUAAUGGUACUCACAGAAGCAACGGUCAUUCCGCUAUUAGCCAAGGGGCUGUUUUUGAAAAAGCAUAUUAACAUUGUCGCGCAUAAGAUUAACGAGGCGAGAUUUAUAACUGAUAUUCCAGCAAAAUUUCUACCAAUUAUAGUACAUAAGGGAAAGCCCUAUCCACCUGUAGUACACCCACCCACGCAUUAUGGCGAAACUACAACAACAACAACCACCACCACAACACCUCCGCCACCUUCAACAACAACAUCGACUCCUCCACCACCACCUACAACAACAACUCCUCCGCCUCCGCCCCCAACAGUGGUACCCGAGCCGACGACAACACUGCCUCCUCCAUCUCCAUCCACAAGGCCGCCACCAUGUGCACCAACAGCCACUCCGGCUGUUCCUACAACAACAACCUCGGCACCACCAUGUUUACAAACAACCACUUCACCUCCUUUGUCAACCACUAUACUACCUUGUCCUCUCCAAACAACAACCACAACCACAGAACUACCCAUAGUUCAACCAACAGAGCUUCCUCAGCUUCCUUACGUUCCACAUGAAACCUAUGGCCUCCCUGUUGAACCCCCAAUACAACUACCUCAACUUCCUUACGUUCCACAUGAUACCUACGGCCUUCCUGUUGAUACCCCAUUGAUCGUUCCGGAAGUACCUGUACCGCCAGCAACUGUUCCUCCGGAGCCUCACAACGAAGAUAGCCAACAUCCCCAGCUUCAGGACAGUCUGUACCGGGAGGAAACUGUAUUCGGUGAAAACCCCUCCGGCCAACUAAUAUUCUUCCCUGCCCAACCAACCAUUUCUUCGGAUCACCCCACAUCCUGGGAAAUCACCGUACCGGCACCGGAUUCACCAUCGAUUCAAACUGAACCACCGUCUCAGCAGUCACCGUUCUCUGCUGGAUUGACCGUUCCUGCGGAUUCCAAUGUACCUGUUCCAUUCAAUGUUGUGUCGGAAGUAUGGUCGCCUUCAACUAAAGGCAAUGAACCACCGGCCGUGGUGCGAUAUGGACCACCAGCUGCAGGAAUACCGAGCUGGAAUCGUUAGAAGUCUGAAUUCUAGAUACAUUUUUUAAAGAAGUCCUAUUUAUUCUAUUCAAUUAAUUCGGUAAAUACAUCAACUGUCGUUCAUAAUAGAG